GGGGGCGCCAGACGCAGCGGAGCAACCUGCUCCUGGGUGGGACCAGAGCUGCGCAGUCAUGAUCACCACUGAGGCUGCGGCAGAGUCCGCUGUCCCGGCGGUGCCCGGUGAUUCGGGAGCCACUGGAGCCCCGGAGCGCGAGCAGCUGGUGUGGCCCUGGAAAGAUGCCGCGAUACGGGCGCUGGUGCAGCGCAUCCACCAGUUGCAGGCUGAGCGCGCGCAGGCCUUCCGCCGGCUGGAGGAGGGACACUUGGAGGGCUUUAAGGUGGUCGAUGCGGGUGCAGGGCGUGAGAGCCGGGGCCGUAGCCUCAGGAUCCCCGCCUGCCGCAGAGGCCACCGACAGUACCUGAGCAGCGGCCCGCCCUACGACUUUCCGCGCUACCGGAGCACAGUACACGAGGUGACCCAGGCCUUCGCCGCCGCCUCACGGGAGGUGCUGGCUUUGGAGGCCGAGCUAGCCGGACCCCGAGCACAGCCGCUGCUCGCGAGCCACGUGCGCAGGCUGCAGCAGUUGGAGGAGACGCGCCUGGCCACGGUGGCCCUGCUGCAGCUGAUGGGGACACCAGAGCUGACUGGGCAGGACAGCCUGCAGAUGCACCAGCUGAAGAUGAAUUCCCAUCCACUCUUGUAGGGUAAUUAAAACCAUGGAAGCGAUCAGUGAGGUUCUCCAGGAUCUCAGGUUUGAUGCAGAAUCUGCCGAGUGAUGGUGGCUCCCCAGGGACAAGCCAAAGGAGAUGGGAAAUGGGGCAUAUAGCGCUCUGCCCUGACUGCCAGCUGGCUGGGGUCAUGCCCCACCGGAACACUGACCCUCUUCAAGUUCGCCUCACCUCUCAUAAUAAAGAACCUAAAGAACCUUU